CCAACUGAGGCCAAUGUAGCUGACCGACCUUCCAGGAGAUAUUCAUCACUUGCACAGCCUUUCCUUGACUGCAGCUCGACAAACUGGAUACCGGAGAGCGUCCUCGCCCGUUGGCUUAACCUCGUAAUAUAGCCAUGGAUCUGCUGCUUUCUACCGAGACCAUGGACAAUACACUGCAUCGCGCCGAAGCGAUCCUGCAUUACGUCUACCCUCUUGCCGUGUUUAUCUACUUCGCUGCCUCGUCAGCCGUCGUUCUUUGUGCGCUGCAGAACCCCUCCUUAAAACCACCGCCCGUCAGAAUCAAGCUCAUCUGGUAUUUCUUGCUCCUGUUCAUCAGUCUGUAUGGAGUGCAGAUUGUGCUCAAAAUUGUUGAAAUUCUGGUCUGGUCACACUGGCCUGCUCAAUCUACCAUUAUUGGCCUACUUGCAUGCGUACUUGUCUUUGGAGUGCAACAAAACAGCUUUGGGGAUGCGGCAGACAUUGUCUGGUAUCCGUACUAUGGCUCCUGGGUCCUGGCGUCCUUGUUUGAACCUGCUAUUGCUGUUUCGCAAUUUCUCGCCGCAAAUGAUGCUUCUACCAUUAGUCUCGAUGCCCAUCCUGAAGUUGAGUUACCGGCAUUUAUUCGCCUGGAUGCUGCUUUGUCCAUUGUCCGUUUCGUUAUUAUCACUGGUGUCAUCCUGAUAUACUUCUCAUCUCACUGUCGCAAUGAUACAGAUAGCUCUGAUGAGGAAAGGUCCCCGCUGAUCCCCAAGUCUGACCAAAGAGCAAGCAAUGGCAAUGGAUCAGCCGAUAGUGGCUACGGGACUAGUUCCGAGGCUGCCAACACUGAUGCGACCAAUACGGAAACAGUCAACUCUCCCACAGAACCCGAAUCCCCCUGGGAGCGUCAACAGCGUCUCCUCCGGGAAAAGAUGGAGAAACGUUUAAAAAGUGAAGGAAGCUGGAUCGCAUAUGUUAAGGGUUUCAUGGUAUUCUUCCCCUACAUUUGGCCAGUAGGAAGUCGUCGUUUGCAAAUCCAUGUCGUUCUCGUAGGGCUAUGCCUGCUCGCAGGCAAUGGACUCAACUUCCUCAUUCCUCGCCAGUACGGUGUUGUACUGGAUUCACUGGGUGGCGCAUCAAAAGAAAGCCCCUGGGUUCAGGUCACGAUAUUUGCAGCUCUCCGAGUCCUCUCGUCUGAAGCAGGCCUCCCCCUGAUCAGAAACCUACUCUGGAUGCCGGUUGAGUAUUACUCCCAGGAGGCACUGAGCGUCGCGGCAUACUCUCAUGUUAUGAACUUGUCAUCCGAGUUCCAUGAUAGCCAGAGCUCGUCCGACAUUCAGGUGGCUAUUUCAAAUGGGUAUCAUCUCACUAGUCUACUUGAAUCGAUCUGCUUCCAGGCAAUCCCUAUGGUUAUUGAUCUGGUCGUGGCCUUUACUUACCUAUCGGUCAAAUUCGGUCCCUAUGAGGGCUUCAUCACAAUCGCUACAGGCCUAGCAUUCAUUCAGUCCGCAGCUCAGCUGAUUUCAAGGUUCAAGGAGAAGAGAAAGAAGGUGGUCAGCACAUAUUUCGAAGAGCACUACACUCGUCAGGCUGGUAUCCAGGGUUGGUAUACUGUGAGCGCCUUCAAUCAAGUUCCGUACGAAGAAGGUCGGUAUAGUAAAGCUGUGAAGUCCCAGGUGACGGCGUAUAAGUCUAUUUACUUGGGAUACCUAGUUGGGCAAGCAUUCCAAUACCUGAUUCUCACUGCGGGCUUACUUGCUGGCGCAUUUUUGGCUGUCUAUCAGAUCAUUCACAAAAAAGCCACACCUGGUGAUUUCGUUAUGUUAUUGACAUAUUGGGGCCAGCUCACAUCGCCUCUUCAAUUCUUCUCCACAAUGGGACGAAAUAUUAGUCAGAGCCUGGUCCAAGUCGAACGUCUCCUUGAGGUGAUGCUAACAAAGCCAACUGUUGUCGACAAACCUGGUGCUCGGCCCUUGAAACUAAAGGGUGGAAAAGUCGAAUUUCGCAAUGUCAGCUUUAGUUACGACAAGAAGAAGGACAUCUUGAAGGGCGUAAAGCUGUCUGCACCACCAGGUACCACUGUUGCUUUUGUAGGGGCAACGGGGGCUGGCAAGUCGACUAUAUUCAAGGUUCUCGAUCGUUUCUACGAUGUGACCGGUGGUUCAAUCCUAAUCGAUGGACAGGAUAUCCGAGACGUCACAUUAUCUAGUUUACGACGUUGUAUCGGGAUUGUGCCCCAGUCUCCGAUUCUCUUUGACGAUACUGUGAUCAACAACGUCAGAUAUGCCCGGUUAGAUGCUUCCGAUGAAGAGGUUUACAGCGCCUGUAAAGCAGCUGCCAUACAUGACCAGAUCAUGGGAUUUACUGAAGGAUAUAAAACCCGAGUUGGAGAACGUGGCGUAAAAUUGUCUGGCGGGGAGCUGCAACGAGUCGCGAUAGCUCGAGCUAUACUCAAAAAUCCCGAGAUCGUCCUCCUAGAUGAGGCGACAAGUGCUGUUGAUACUGACACUGAACAAAAGAUUCAGGAAGGAUUGCGCGCGCUAUGUGAUAAUCGUACAACGUUUAUUGUGGCUCAUCGCCUCUCAACGGUUAUGAAUGCUGACAUAAUCUUCGUUGUGGCUAAUGGCCAGGUCGUGGAGCAAGGCAGCCACGAGGAACUGGUUCUUAAGAAUGGCAAAUAUGCAGAACUUUGGUCCAAACAGAUCUUUGUGAAGCCUAAAGAGCGAAAAGAAAGCACAGAAGAUGCCGAAACAACUUUACAACCUACCGAGCAGAAGCAUGAGGCAACUGACGAGGAAAUGAGUGAGGCCAGUCGUUCAGAGGCAUUAGUAUCGCUCUCUACAGUGGAGGAAGGCGGAUCAGAGACAGGUGGAUCGGAUGUAGCUGGCGGCGAGGGUGGGAAUACUCCGGUGGCGCACAAGAAAGAGGUAGAUCUGUCAAAUGAUCAAUCUUGA